AUGGAGGAGCCAGGAGCUAGACCAGGGAGUUUGCAUCUAUGCGGAUUCUGUUUAAGAGAGGAGCUGGCCUUGGGGGAAAAGGUGAAAAAAAAGUGGAAAGGGUGCCCGGGUGCAGCGGCGAAGCAGGGCGUCCAGGGUGCGCCAACCAGGAGUGGCCAGCGCACACUCGCUUUCCCGGGUGCCCCGGCAGACGCCCCCACCCACCGCAGGACUCACCGAGCAGGGUAUCCAGCCGCGGCCUCCCCUCCCCUUGCGUGGCCUCUCCCCCGCGCCCCCUCCCCCGCUGAGCCCGCGGCAGUGCAGCCACGACACCGGCUCAGGGCACAGGCGGCUGAGUGGGUGGCGGGCGGGACGGCCAUGGCGCGGGCUGCAGGCGCGCGGGGCUGCGGGAGGCGCUGGCGGUGCGGGCGGGGCGCGCUGGUGGCCUGUGCCGCCUGGACCGCGGGCUGGGUGUUGGCCGCUGCGCUGCUGCUCCGCGCGCACCCGGGCGCCCUCUCGGAGCGCUGCACGGACGAGAAGAGCCGGCGCAUCCUGGCCGCACUGUGCCGAGACUACCGGGGCGGGGCGCUGGCAGGCGACCUCUGCGAGGACCUGUGUGUGGCGGGGAAGCUGCGGUACCAGCGCUGCCUCUACUACGACGGGGGCAAGAAGGUGCUGCAGGCGGACUGGCGUGGCCGCCCCAUCAUCCUCAAGUCCAAGGAGGAAGCCUUCUCCAGCUUCCAGCCGCCCGGCCUGCUGGGGUCCCCGGCCGAGGAUGAGGGUCCGGCCUUGCAGGAGGCAGAACUGCUCCUGCUGGUGGCCGGGGAAGUCAGGAGCGCCCUGGGCCUGCAGCUGUCUGAGAGCAGCCUGGGGCCUCUGUGGCCAGGCCGCCGAGGCCCGCGGUGGCGGGGCCAGCUGGCCAGCCUGUGGUCCCUGGUGCAGCAGGAGGAGUUUGUCCUGCUCAGCGUGCUGCAGGGGCUCAGCCCACACGCCCUGCCCGUGCUGGGCUCCUGCGGCCACUUCUACGCUGUGGAGUACCUGGCAGCUGGCGGCGCCCACCACGGGGCCCUCUUCCCCCUGCACGGGGCCUCCCGGGGCCAGGCCCAGGCAGUCGGGGACAUGGCACUCAGCUUCCUGGACCUGGUGAGGCAGUUCGACCAUGGCUUCUCCCACCGCCUCCACCUCUGUGAUGUGAAGCCCGAGAACUUCGCCAUCAGGAGGGACCUCACGGUGGUGGCCAUCGAUGUGGACAUGGCCUUUUUUGAGCCUAAAAUGAGGGAGAUUCUCGAGCAGAACUGCACGGGAGACACAGACUGCAGCUUCUUCGACUGUUUUUCCAGGUGCGACCUGCGCGUCAACAGGUGUGGCGCCCAGCGCGCCAACAGCAACCUGCAGGUGGUCUGUGACAAGAUAUUCCGACACUGGUUCUCCUCGACAAUCAGGAGCUCCGCCGUCUCCGCCCGGCUUCAGUGGCAGCUGCGCGAGGCAGUGCAGGAGUGUGCAGACGCCAGCAGCCCACAGACAGCCGCUCCCACCAUGUUGUGGAAGCUUCGGCGCCUUUUCCGGGCCGCGCUGCGGGAACUGCGGGAGGUGGAGGAGUAGCCACCGCUGGGCUGUCAAAUGCCCGCUCAGGAGAGGUGGCGUCUGCCUGGUUCCAAAGAGGAGACAUUUUCACUGUGCAAAUGACCGUGGCCCUCCACGCAGGAGCCCGCCUCACGCUGUUCCCGUCGCACAUCCGCAGUGGGCACCUGUGCCUCCUCCUCUCCGCUCCGACGUCCACCUCGCCCCCCUCGGAUGGAGAGGCCAUCCUGGCCUCCACCCGUCCCCCUUUUGAACAGGACACACAGGAGGUGGGCACAGAGGGUUUUGCUGGGAGGGCCCUUCGUUCUGAGCAGCGCA